GGUUCUCGCAGCCGGUACCGGCAGCCACCGAGCCCUGUCCCGGCAUGUCCCGUGGGCACGGCGGAGCCCCAAGCCGCUGCCCCAUGACGGAGCUGCCCGGUAAAGCCCGGCGGAAGCUCAGCCCGGCUGCCGUUCUCUCCCGCAGGUGGGCACAGCAUGGCUCUGGCGCUGCGCUGCCUCCGGCCGCUCCCGGCGCUGCUGCUCCGCCGCUGCCCCGCCGGGCCCGGGGCACUGCCCGCGGGCCCCCGCCCGGCCCCGCUCCCGCGGGGGCUGCUGGGCAGGCAGCUGGCUACCAAAAGAGAUGUGAUGAAGAAGCAGGAGGGAGAGGGGGCAGAGUGGACAGGUUUUUCUUCAGCACCCCUGCACAGUUUUUGUCUCACUGAAGCUCCCUGUGUCUGGUUCUUUCGAGGGGCCCUGGAUCACAUAACUGUGGUGACAAAAGAUGGGAAGUUUCCGCUGAACCAGCUGGGGCAGAUCUCACAGAAGUCACCGCAGCUCAUGAUAGUGAACAUGACCAGUUUUCCAGAGAGCACAGCUGCAGCUGCCAAGGCCAUAAGGGAGAGUGGCAUGAACCUGAACCCAGAGGUGGACGGGGCAGUGAUCCGGGUGCCAGUGCCCAAGGUCACGAGGGAGCACAGGGAGAGCCUGGCCAAGCUGGCCAAGCAGUCCACCAACAAGUCCAAAGAGGCCCUGAGAAAGGUGAGGAGCAAAAGCAUCACCCAAAUAAAGAAGUCCAAGAGCAAAGUGUCAGAAGAUACCAUCCGGCUGCUAGAAAAGCAGAUCCAGCAAAUGGCAGAUGAGGCUGCUGCAGAGAUGGACAAGCUGCUGGCAGCAAAGACCAAGGAGCUGCUUGGAUAAACACCAUCCCAGUGCCACAGGAGCAGGAAUGGGCUGCCACAGCCCCAGCACCCACCCUGCCCGGGCCAGCAGCCCCAGGGUGGGCAGGGGCAGCUCUGUGCCUUGGCUGCUCCCACUGCCUGCCCUGGGGUCUGCUGGAGGGAGGGGGGGCUCUCCUUGCUGUCCUUUAUCCGGGUGGGAACAGAACUGAGAUUGAAAAUAAAAUAUCAGGAAGGAGAAGUGGAAACUGCUGGAGGCACAGGGGAAGGACUGCCCUGCUCACUUUGUGCCCCAUCUUUGCCCCACACCUUCAGCCCCCUGGAGCCAGAGGAACCUGCCUGUCCUGCUGCAAACCUCAGCAUUUAUUUCUGCUGGAAAUAAAGUCAAAAUGAGGUGUGGGGCAGCAGCCUCAGGACAGCCAGGUGCUGGCUGGUGUGUUCCCUUGGCUCAUGUGUUCCAAAGCAAGCAUUUGCCCCUUGCCAUGGCAGCAGGGUGUGCAGGGGCUCUGUGGGGAGAGAACUGAAACCUGUGCUGUCAGCACAGCUGCUUUAGCCAGGACUGAGGAGACCUAAAGCCAACUCAGGAACUUCCCAAAAGCAGCAUCUGCCUCCCCAGCCUGUGAGUCUCUGGCACCACAGCUGAGGGGCUGGAGGAGGUGCAGAGCAGGUCCUGAGCUCACAGCUCAGCUCCUCACUGUGAGCAGGUACUUCCAGGGCAGCAGGGACUUUGGCAGUGGCAGCAGCAGGAAGGUGGUGGCAGCCCCAGCCCUGCUCCCAAGGCACUUGGGUUCAAAGAGCACCAAGUGCUCUGCACUCCUUAAAUAAACAACUCCCCAAAAGUUAGUUUGUGUGCCACGGGGAGGGGGAGGAGGAUGAAGGAUUUGCUCUGCUAGGGCCCCACAUGUCAACAAUUUCUCUGCUUUGUGUAUUUUGGCCAAAGCCCUUACCAUGAUAAAUGAAUAAAGGAAGAUGGCGAGCCCAGGGCGGUUCCACAGCUCGGGAAAUUGCUUUCAGCCGA